AUGACGCAAACUUGUCUGAGAGUUUCCACUGCACAUCUUUUGAGCUGCUUGUCCCUUGUUCUCGUUAUCACUUCCCGUGUCCAUGCAGACAUUGUCCUGGUCGGAGCAAACAAUGCCGAGGACACCGACGGUGGCAAGCGCUUCAACUCGGUGAUGGGGAUCUCCGGGGCCUUCAAAGUCCUGGGCGAUGCAAUCAACUUCAUCCCGCCGCUGUUGCACAAUGGUCUCGACAGUGUUCCCACAAAACUAAUCCAGUUUAAUGCUCCAUCUGCCGAUAACUACGAGGGGAUCACAGGGGUAAUAUACCACGAGAUGGCUCACGUCUGGCAGUACUUUGGGCAAGGAACUCCCAGUGGAGUGACUGAAGGAGUGGCUGAUUAUGUCCGGCUCAAAGCCGGGCUCGCUCCAUCUCACUGGGUGAAGCCGGGUGGUGGUGAUCGCUGGGACCAGGGCUACGAUGUUACUGCCUAUUUCUUCGAUUACUGCAAUAGCCUCUGGGGAGAUUUUGUGUGGCAGAUGAAUGCGAGGCUUGCAAAUGAUGCGUGGAGUGAGUCUGUGUUCAGUGAUUUGCUUGGAAAGAGCUUACAGGAUUUGUGGACAGACUACAAGAACAAAUUCGGUGGGUGA